AACCACGAACCAAUCCCUAAUUUCGACCCGAAAUUAAAACAUAACCGUCCAAAAACCGAAUGGUACCAAUUCCCUAUCUUAAAUCCCCAAACCAGACCCGAUUCCCUCUCAUUUUCGGGAAGCCCUUCCCUCUCUCGACACUUCGGCGACACAACCGAGGGAGAUCCCCGCUACCCCCACCAGCGACGGCCAAUUCCACCGAAGAGGAGACUCCUGACCAGCAACGGCCAAUCCCACCGAUAGCGACACAACCGAAGAUGGUGCAACCGCAAGAACCUCAUUUCUUCCAACCUUUGCUUCCUGGAUUCCAGACUCACUUGACAAUACCCAUUGUAUUUUUCUCCAAGCACAUCCAAGGGAAGACGAAUGGGAACACAUGGACACUAACAUCCGACGCUAUGGAUCAAACAUGGCAAGUGAUACAAGAAGAGAGGCGACUCACCCGAGGUUGGAAGGAGUUCGCUGAGGCACAUGACCUUCGAAUAGGAGACAUUGUCAUCUUCAAACUCAAAGGUUCCAUGGUCUUUCACGUCACUCCCUUUGGUCCGAGCUGCUGUGACAUCCAGUACACAUAUCCCAACUCAAUGGAAGAAGCCCAUGACCACCAGAACAAUACAGGAACAGGGGCUAGGUUUUCUUACUCGUGGGACUACUGUUUUAAGGCUGAGGUCACGGAUUCUAAUGUCCGUGAAGACAAACUUGUGAGUGAAACGAGUGUUCUUUUGUGUACUUACACAUCUUUAUGUUGUUCUGACACAUAUGUUUAUGUUCUUUUGUUGCAGAAUCUCCCUGUGGGGGCUACUGGUUGUAAUGCUCUGAACAAAGAAUGCAAGAAGGCGAAACUAGUGAACAUAGAGGGAAAGGCGUGGAAUGUGUCAAUGCGAUUUAACGAAUCAGGCGGCUUCUACUACAUCAAAGGGUGGAGAAAGUUCUGUGCUGAAAACAAAUGCCACAUUGGAGACAGCUUUGUCUUCAAUGUGGUUGGAGAUGGGAACACUUUGCCAUUGAUGUGUGUCUGUUCUCCAAGUAAGGAGUGUCUUAAAUCUGCAGGUGACAUUGCUUCUUCCUCCCGGGUGAACUAGGAAGAUCAUGUGUUCUAGUUGGGGACGCGUCUAUGUUGGUUGUGACUUGAUCUUAAGAGCACAAUGUCUUGUGCUUUGAACUUAUUUUGUGUGUCUUUUAUAUGUUUGCUUUUUGGUACUUUCAACUUGUUAUUUUGAUUUGAUGGUACUUUGAACUUGUUAUUUCGGUUUGAUGUUGCAAACUUUUAGUUAAUCAUUUUCAUGUCAAUUAGUUAUAUAGAGUUUCGACUUUUGGUUAAUCAUUUUCACGUCCUGAAUGA